AUGUGCGAUCCUUUCAACAUGGAGCUGGUUCCACUCACCAGGCUGCUGCAGGGGAAGAGGGUGGUGCUGGCGAGCAGCUCCCCCAGGAGGCGGGACAUCCUGUCCUCCAUGGGACUGCAGUUCGAGGUUCGUACCCUCCCACUUCCAGGAGUCCCUGGGAGAAGGCGAGGUGGCUCCGGCGGCUCCGCCCCGAAUAUGCCGGCGGGAGACAGCAAAGCUGAAGGCUCUGGAGGUGGCGUCCGGCGGCUGUGCAGGGACCUGCACCCUCCUGAUGUCAUUAUUGGAGCUGACACCAUUGUGGCCGUGGAUGGCGUCAUCCUGGAGAAGCCAAAGGACAAGGAUGAUGCCUACAGGAUUCUGCGCAGGCUGAGUGGCCAGCAGCACAGUGUCAUCACCGUUGUGGCCAUCUUGAGGCCACUGUGGCGGAGGCAGCUUCAGGAGCCGAAAGUGGAAUUGUCACUGUUCCACGAAGAGACCCAUGUGACAUUCUCGCGGCUAUCGGAGCCACUGCUGUGUGAAUACGUGGAGAGCGGGGAGCCUCUGGACAAGGCUGGUGCCUACGGGCUUCAGGCGCGAGGUGGUGCCCUAGCAGAGCGCGUGGAAGGAGAUUUCUUCAAUGCCGUGGGGUUUCCACUCAACCGCUGCAUUCGUGAGCUGGCUGCCAUCUUCCCGGAUGUGGGACCACAAGUCCCUGUCAGCCAGCGUCCGGCCACACCCCAAUAAUGAGGAUUGUAGAUGGAGAGUGAGUAUGUGAGUGACUGUCUGGGCGGGAAUUCUGGUGAGAGAGUGACUGAAGG